AUGCGGUUCAGGACGUCCAGCUAUGUUUGGCUCCUCCAGUUAAGCAGCUUUAUCGGUGAACUGCGUGUGUCAGCCUGCCCGUCCCGACGCCUCAUCACAUCGACAUUUUACGGCGGGGUUCAUUUACUCCUCACCCGGAAACUCACGAUGCAGUCUUGUAGAAAUGCGACCCACAGUAUCUGUUGCGGCACGGAGGGUUUGGGCACAGCGGAGAAACCGGGGCCAGCGCUCCGCUGCGGUAACAUUUCCAGGCCCACUUUCUCCUUGGAAGACGCCCGAUCUCCGGGAGAGAAGAAGCGAGUCAUUGCGAGCUCGCUUUUGGUCGAUGAGCGACACUUGAGGACCCCGAGCCCCCCGCUGGACGAUGACUCAGAGGCUGAGUCUUUUCGGGAUGGAAGAAGCGAUGAGGUCGAUCGGGACACAAAAUGCAGAGCGUUUUUGUGGUGCAGAGAUUUUUUGUCUGGAUCUUGGAAAACUGUCCAAGAAGCGGACUUUCAAAUUAGUAUCGUCAGUGGUGGAUUGAGUAAUCUACUUUACAUGUGUAGUUUGCCUGAACAUGUUCCAUGUUUGGGGGAAGAACCCCGGCAGGUGCUCCUGAGAGUCUACGGUGCCAUCUUGCAGGGUGUGGAUUCUCUUGUCCUGGAGAGUGUGAUGUUUGCUAUUCUGGCAGAGCGAACGUUGGGGCCAAAACUUUAUGGCAUUUUUCCGGAGGGACGCUUGGAACAGUACCUGCCAAACACACGCAUGCGCACGGAACAGCUGUCAGAUCCAGUCAUUUCGGCUGAGAUUGCCACCAAGCUGGCACACUUCCAUGACAUGGUCAUGCCCUUUAACAAAGAGCCCAAGUGGCUGUUCGGGACCAUUGACAAAUAUAUGGAUCAAGUGAUGAAGAUUCAUUUUGUGCGUGACACACAUGUGAAGAAGUACAAGAAACUGAUGAAGUUUGACCUGCCUGCUGAGCUCAAGAGUCUCCGUUCAUUGCUGGCAGCAACCCCGUCUCCAGUGGUGUUUUGCCAUAAUGACGUCCAAGAAGGAAACAUCCUCAUGCUGGAGGAAAGGGACCACACAUCGACAGAAAGAUUUAUGCUUAUAGACUUCGAAUACAGCAGUUACAAUUACAGGGGCUUCGACUUUGGGAACCAUUUCUGUGAGUGGAUGUAUGAUUACACAUACAACGAGUGGCCGUUUUACAAAGUCACACCUGAGAACUACCCAACCAGAGAGCAGCAGCUUCACUUCAUAAGGAAUUAUUUAGCCGAGCAACAUCGGCUCUCCAGGACUGACCUGGACCAGGCACAAAUUGAAGAGGAUUUGAUCAUUGAAGCCAACAGAUAUGCAUUAGCAUCGCAUUUCCUUUGGGGGCUGUGGUCCAUCAUUCAAGCUAAGAUAUCCAAGAUUGAGUUUGGAUAUAUGGAUUACGCUCAGAGCCGUUUUGAUGCCUACUUCAAGCAAAAAAAGCUCUUCUCCUGAAUUCCUCCAACCAAAAAAUCUGAAUGUACUGUCUUUAACUGUUUCUAUCAUCCUUCCAGCUCUGCUCAUGCCUAUGCAAGGAUUUUAUAAACACUCGCUUUUUGUCUGAUUAUGGUUUGUGAAUGUAAAGAAAAGUGUAAGAAAAUGCACAAACUGCAACACUAUAUACAGUGUUGUUAUGGGUUAAUAACCUCUGUGAGUAGAUGUUUAGCUAUUUAAUUUCUACCUACUUAAGUUAACAAUUUUUGAUGGACCUUUCAUCUAUGGACCAUUUUGUGACUUUCAUGCAUGUUUCAUCCCUUCGCUGUAUCUGUGCAUGUCAGAGGUCACUGCUUUAUUUUGUUAUAAUAAUUCCAAACUACAGAGAUUUUAGUAUAGAAAGCUUUUUACUGUUGAGUUUUUAGUAAUUUUAUCUCAGUAGUUUCAAUGUUUGUUCUACAGCAGAAUGUAUUCUCAAUGGUGAUUAUUGUUAUUUGUGUCCUAUUGUGUUUAAACUGAUUUUCUUGUGACUGAAAUACUCCUUGUGUCACUUUUUGGGAAAAAAUUAGAUAUUUUUUUUUCCAGUUAUUCCUCAGAACUCCAUAAAAUCGAAAACGACCUCAUAUUAAGCACGCAGUAAACUGAGGGCUUUUUUUUAAUCUCGUCUCUCUAAAGGUUUUAUUUAAAUUAAACAUACAUGCUUGAACAAAUUGAAUGUGAUGAUGGAAUUGAAGUAAAUAAGGGUGCUGUUUUAUUCAAAAUGUUUUCCUGUUGCAGUCAUUCUAUAACAACUUUACUGUUUAUUUUUCUACUAACAAGGAAAAUCCUAAACCAAUUAAACAUGUUUGCUCAGAAUCUGUA